GAGCACGUCGUGCUAGAUUGUAAUGAGCCUUCCAACCCCGGACCGCGGCCGAAUGGUGCACGAUAUGGUUUGCCCAAUAAACGGGGAUAUUUACGCCAAUUGUAUCAACCACCAACGGAAUUGUUGUUUGACGGAACGCUUGUUUCGGCACAAGCUGCGGCACGAGAGAAGAACCGGUGGUUGUUGGUCAGUCUACACGACGAAGGCUGCUUUGAUUGCCACCUACUCAAUCGGGAUGUUUGGAAAGAUCCAAAAGUGUAUCAGACAAUCAAACGCAACUUUGUCUUUCUUCAGAUCCCAGUUGAUAGUCCCGAGGGUGUACAAUUCCGAGCAAUGCACUCCUACGUCCAGUCUGCGUCUCACAUAUCCAUCCUAAACCCAUAUACGGGCGAGCAGUGCAUAGUUUGGAUGCACCUGAAGGAUGCUACUACGGUGCACGAAGCAUUGACAGAGUUUAUUCAGCAUACGAAGCUAGUUCCCCCGUCACCAACAACCAUGAUACCCGAUCCUCAGCCUGGCCAUUCACGCGAUCAGUUACUUACGACGUUGACCGGCUUGAGUUCUCGAGUCGGAGGAUCCAGGCGACCCCAAUCUCAUCUUUCCGACAACACAUCUGAGUCCGCGGUGAAACGACCACGUCUCGGGUUGCGAGACAUAGAUGCCACCACAGCUUUGUCCUCCCGGGUAGCUGCUGUGUCCGUGAGUUAG